AUGUCACCAUCCAACUGGGGAACCCAACCCAUCCAAUCCGCCUUCCGCACCCACCACUCCCACCCGCCACCAACUCUCCACCCCACCCUCACACGCCUCCCGCACCCUUUCAUCGUCUGCAUAAUCGGCGCCUCAGGCAAAAUCGGCUCCUCAAUCGCCCUCUCAUACACGCAAGCCGGCGCCUCGGCUCUGAUCCUCGCCUCGCGUCGAAUUCCCCAUUUGGAGAAUUUGGCCCAAAAAUGUCAUGCAGAGAAUUCGGCUCUGGAGAUGGAAAUUUGGGAUUGUGAUGUUACUUGUUCGAAAUCUGUCGAGGGGCUCGCGGAGAGAAUUCGGAGGCGCUGGGGAAGGUUGGAUGUUGUGGUUCUGGUUUCGGGCGUUUCGGGCUUGAUCAGGACCAAGUUGACGGAGACGGAGGUGGAGAGUUUUGAGGAGGUGACGGGGACGAAUUAUGUGGGGACGUUUUUUUGUGUGAAAUUUUUGGUGCCGUUGAUGUUGGAGGAGGAGGAGGAGGAGGAGGACGUGAAAAAGACGUUUAUUGGAGUAUCGUCCAUGGCAGCGAUGAUUGUUCGAGGCCCGAUUGCGAAUACGCAGUAUUGCGUUUCAAAAUGUGCGCAGUUGAAGUUGUUGGAACAUGUACACGAACAAUAUCAGGAUCAAGGGUUGAAUUGUUUUGCGGUGCAUCCGGGAGCCGUGCUGAGCGAGCAGGCAGAACGGUUAGCACCGAUUGACUUCUUACCGUAUUUGACGGACAGUCCGGACUUGUGUGGAGCCUUUUGCGUGUGGUUGACAGUGGGCGAGAAGCAGUGGUUGUCAGGCAGAUUAGUUUCUGCCAAUUGGGAUGUGGACGAGCUGGAAGGGAAGAAGGAAGAAAUUGUGGCCAAGGAUGCUUUGAAGCUGCAGCUGAGUUUACCUUAA